AUGACAACUGCUCAAUUUGAUUGUCAAUACUGCAUGGCAUCACUUCUUGGGAAGUAUGUACUAAAGGAUGAUAAUCCAUACUGUGUUACUUGUUAUGAUCGUAUCUUUUCUAACUAUUGUGAGGAGUGCAAAGAACCGAUCAAAUCAGAUUCCAAGGAUCUUUGUUACAAAGGCCAUCACUGGCAUGAAGGAUGCUUCAAUUGCGCCAAAUGCAAUCAGUCUUUGGCGGAAAAGCCUUUUGCUGCCAAGGAUGAGUGCCAGCUGUGCUCCGAGUACUAUUCUAAUGAGUGCUCCUCCAAGUGCUUCCAUUGUAAGAAGACCAUCAUGCCUGGUUCCCGAAAAAUGGAAUUUAAGGGAAACUACUGGCAUGAAACCUGCUUUGCGUGCAAGCAUUGCCAACAGCCAAUAGGAACUAAACCUUUGAUUUCCAUAGAGAGUGGCAAUUAUUGUGUGCCGUGUUUUGAGAUGGAGUUUGCUCACUACUGCAGCUUUUGUAAGAAGGUGAUUACUUCAGGUGGGAUAAUGUUUUGUGGCCAGCCAUGGCAUAAAGAGUGCUUUCUGUGCCGUGGCUGUAGGAAAGAGCUCUGUGAAGAAGAGUUUAUGUCCAGAGAUGAUUAUCCAUUCUGCUUGGACUGCUACAACCAUCUUUAUGCCAAAAAGUGUGCCACCUGCACCAAGCCUAUUACUGGUUUCAGAGGUGCCAAGUUUAUCUGCUUUCAAGACCGCCAGUGGCACAGCGAAUGCUUUAACUGUGAGAAGUGCUCAGUCUCCUUGGUGGGGGAAGGCUUCCUGACUCACAACAAGGAAAUCUUCUGCCACAAAUGUGGCUCUGGGGUGGACACUGACAUGUAG